AUGACAAAUGGACUCUCGUCCCAAAACGCCGGAACUGUUCGGGUGCGCAACUUCUCAGCGGGAGGGACCAACGGGCCGUCACAUCCUCGCCUCAAGGAUGAUGACACCAAGAAAGGAAAUCUCCAAUACAUAGCUUCUUAUAGAUGGCAGCCCUAUCCAAAGCGCUUUUUACAUCGAUUGGCCUGGGUCGUCGAUGUAUCCACCCUCUCAUUCAGGGGCUGUGGCUGGGACUGGGGGAACGCCACCCUCCCCACUCGUGUGGCAACGAAGUCCGAGACAAAAGCAGCGUUCAAGCUGAGUAUGAUUUCGACCGGUCUUAGUUACAUUGCAUUGGACUUGAUCAAGGUCGUUAUGAUGAAAGACCCCUAUUUCUGGGGUAUUACUGACUCACCACCUCCACCUUUCUUGAUAUUUCUCGGCCUCUUUGCUAGUCCUGUGACCCGGGUCUACCGUCUUCUCCUCGUAUGUGCCGGGAUAAUGGCCGCCUUGAAAACCUUCUACGGCUAUCUGUGUAUACUGUAUCUAGGGAUCUCGCUCUUCGGCAGGCCACGUACACGAAUCGCCAUACCUAUUGAGGCACCAUGGAUGUACCGUAGGCUUUUUGGACCAUGCUUAACGUCCCUUCUCGAAUAUGGCUUAGCAGGCGGUUGGGCUUUCUGGUGGCACCAAAUAUUUCGCUUCGGGUUCGUGUCUCCAAGUAACUGGAUUUUCGUGCAACUUCCACAAUUCCUUCAAACGAAAUCCGUUUUCUUCGUUUUGCGCUUGACUAUAGCUUUCGUGUUAAGUGGAACUAUGCAUGCCUGUGGAAGCUACACUCAAAUCGCAAUGACAUAUCCCAUAUCGGAGAUCUUCCUAUUUUUUAUUCUCCAAAUUCCUGGAAUAUUGAUCCAACGAGUGCUAGCCCACCUAGUUUCGAAAGCAGGCUUCAAAUGUCCCAUGUGGCUUAAGAGGUUAGGUAACAUAGCGUUCGCUUUUGUAUGGAUGCUAUUGACCGGACCGCUUGCUGCAAAUGACUUCUCUCGCGGAGGGGCGUGGUUAUUCGAACCUGUCCCUAUAAGCCCACUUCGAGGACUGGGGUUUGGGGCAUUAAAUGAGGGCUGGCUGUGUUGGCAUCAACGUUGGUUUCGACGGUGGGAAGGAGAGAAGUGGUGGCAACAAGGCAUCCAAAUUGUAUAG